AUGGGCGUAUUGUACAAUGUAGAGCAGCGUGAGCGCGCGACCAUUUUCCUUAAGUUUUACCUUAACAAAAAUGGAGAGAGGCUGUACACGCUGAAGAAGGUGAACCUUCUGGGCCAGCCCACCAGCUCGGCCCAUCCGGCUCGGUUUUCCCCCGACGACAAGUUCUCCCCGCACGGAGUGCCACUGAAGAAAAGCUUCGGGCUCCUUCUCAUUCAGCAACCAAGACCCGUGCUCUAGUAGUCUAGCAAAAACAGUAUUAGCUGACUGUACACACACAUCCAUUUCUUUGAGGUAUAUUGGGUUAUGUGAUCAAACGUCAUCUGAUUUGACAUCACUUUUUGUAUUACUUUGAUUUGCACUGUAUAGGCAACUUGUUUUCUUCAAGUUGAGAAUGAGGGAAUAAAUCAUGUUUUUGUUAAACAACC